AUGCCUGCCACCAAUACUGGAUGGCCGGAGGAGUUUGGCUUUAGGAUCCGUGGGAAUGGUCCCUGCUACAUUGUGGCUGUGGAGGAAGGCAGCAGCGCCCAGAUGGCUGGCCUCCAGCCUGGAGACCAGAUUUUGGAGAUCGAGGGGCAGCCUGUUUCCGCCAUGAACGCCGAGGCCCUGGCGAUCCUGGCCAGGCAGUGUGAGAACAUCCCCCCAAGCAUUGGCGUGCUCCCGCCUCCAGCAGGUGGACCUCCCCCCGGGGCCACAGGCACACUUUGGCUUCACCUUGACCUGCCACGAAAACGACCCCGUGCAGGUCUCAGGCUGGGACUGCUGCAGCUGGGGCGGCUCCGGCGCGCAGACGCUGUGCAUCAGGAAAGGAGGCAGAAAGCUCGGGAGUUCAGCAAGAAGGUGCAGGAGAUCCUGGGUGACCAGCCCAAAGUGAGAGAGAAGAUGUUCACCUCUCUCAAGCACUUUGCUGCUGAGCGGAAGGUGGACUACUUGGCUCAUGCCCUCUCCCUUAUCCUCACUGAGGAAUCCCACCGGCUGCUCCUGGACCACAUCAGGAUCUUCAUCCCCAGGAAACACCGGCAGCGCUUUGAUGAGGUGGUGUCCCAGAGUCUCAUCAGCAAGCUCUGCCGAGCCAAGAGGGAGCAGCAGCCGGCCAACCGCCUGAGACGAAGCCGCAGUGAAGACCACCACGAGCGGCUGCUGGUCUCCACCCGGGCCAGCUCAGUGCCCCGGAGCCAGGAGGAGAAUUGCCUGAGCUUGAGAAAGUCCACUACCCUGAUUGGCAGCAAUGUGGGGACAGGGGCAGCUUGCAGAACCGUCCGCGUCUACAAGGGCAGUAGAAGUUUUGGGUUUACGUUACGUGGCCAUGCCCCUGUGUGGAUCGAGUCCAUCUUGCCUGGGAGCCCAGCUGACAAAGCAUCCCUGAAAGCUGGUGACAGAAUCUUGUUCCUGAAUGGCCUGGAUAUGAGGAACUGUUCCCAUGAGAAGGUGGUGUCCAUGCUCCAAGGCAGUGGGGCAGUGCCCACCCUUGUGGUUGAAGAAGGCAUUGUUAGCUUUUCCAGUGAUGGUGAGUCCUCAGAAGCACCCAGCUCCUCCUCAGCUCUCACCUCCUUGCAGUGGGUCGCUGAGAUCCUGCCCUCCAGCAUCAAGAUCCAAGGAAGGACCUUCCACCAACAGCUGGAACAUCUGCUCACACCAGCGGAGCGCUACACUGUCUGCAAAGCCCUGGAGAGCUUCUUCCAGCACAGGAACAUUGACACCUUGAUUGUGGAUGUCUACCCUGUCCUGGACACGCCCUCCAAGCAGGUGAUCUGGCAAUUCAUCUACCAGCUGCUAACCUACGAGGAGCAGGCCCACUGCCAGCAGAAGAUCGCCAGAUUCCUUGGCUACAAGUCCUUGGCAAGUGGGCCAUCCGAUGCUGGUUCUGCUGAAGCUGCUGAGAUGCCCAGCCGUUUAGCUCCUGGAGAACGCCAAGCAGGUGAUGGAACAUCUCUUCCAGAGACCCCUAACCCUCAAAUGAUGUCGGCAGUGUAUGCCGAGCUGGAAAGCCGCCUGACUGCUGGUUUAGGAGGGAAGCUGGGCCGCCUGCCUGUGUGCCGGACAGCAUCCCUGGCUUCAGAGCCUGCAGGUACCCGAAAAUCAGGAUUGACUAUUUCCUGGCAGAAUGAUCCCGGCUUGCAGCCUUGCUAUUAUCGCUCGCUUGGUGGCCUCCCUUCUCCCUGCAGCACAGAUUCGAACCCCUACGUCAGCCUGGACAGCAGCCCAGCCUUGUCGCCUAAGCUGAGCCCCCUGUCUCGCCGGAGGAAGCUCUUCACCUUCUCGCGGCCGCCACACAGCCGGGAUACGGACCGCUUCCUAGAUGCAUUAAGCGAGCAGCUGGGCCAUCGCAUCACCCUGGUGGACGACUUCUUGAUGCCUGAGAAUGAUUAUGAGGAGAUGAGUUUCCAUGAUGACCAGGGCAGCUACAUGGACAAUGACCGCAGCAGUGCCAGCGACGGCUUGAGCAGCAGGGAAGGGAGUUCCCUGACCUACUCCAUCUUGUCAGACCACCUCCCCCCACCUCCAUCAGCCCACCCCCUAGACCUCCGCAGUUCCAGGCCCCCCAGGAAGAGCCAGGGCCAUGGAGGCAGUCCAGAGUGCUCCCUCCGGCCCACAUCCCACAUCCCUGCUCCCCCUCCUCCUCCCCCUCCACCCCCUCCCCCUCCUCCCCCGAUGCCCUGUGUGCCCCCUCCAAUGCUACACGGAAGUAUCCACCGCAGGAGCGAGUCCAGCCACAUGAGUGUUAAGCGGCUGCGCUGGGAGCAGGUGGAGAACUCGGAAGGCACCAUCUGGGGCCAGCUCGGGGAGGACUCGGACUAUGACAAGCUAAGUGACAUGGUGAAAUACUUGGACCUCGAGCUGCAUUUUGGAACUCAGAAGCCAGCGAAAGCCGAGCCCUUGCCGGAGCCCCAAAAAAAGCAUCUGGUUGAGAUUCUGUCCCACAAAAAGGCCUACAACCACAGGUGAGUACAGCCAACGGCCAUCUUGAUUGCGCACCUCAAGCUCUCCCACAUCGAGCUGCGCCGGAUCCUCCUGAGCAUGGAGAGCGACCGCCUGGAAGCCUCCCACAUCAAGCAGCUGCUGCUCUUUGCGCCUGACGCCGAGGAGGUGCAGCACUUCCGCAGCUACCAGGGAGACCCCAGCAAGCUGAGCGAGCCGGACCAGUUUGUCCUGCAGAUGCUUUUGGUGCCUGAAUAUAAAACCCGCCUGUGCAGCCUUCACUUCAAGACAACCCUGCAGGAGAAGGUGGAGGAGAUUACGGCCAGCUAUGAGUGCAUCUGCAAUGCUUCCCUGGAACUGAAGAACAGCAAGAAACUGGCCAAAAUCUUGGAGGUCGUUUGUGCUGGCCAUGGGCACUACCUAAACCAUGGGCAACCCCAAGCCAACAAAACAACCAGCUUUAAAAUCAACUUCCUCACAGAGGUGAGGAGCGAGACCUUCUUCUUCAGGUCUCUCAUGGUCGCUGUUGUCAUCCAGACAAUCUUUUCUGCUGCUGAUUUAACAGGGGUGCCAACUCGAUGGAAAUCCACGUUUCUGCAUAUUCUUGCCAAAUCGCUUAGCCAACAUUUCCCAGAGCUCCUGGGCUUUGCCAGGGAUUUGCCAACAGUGCCACAUGCUGCCAAAGUAUGUGACUCUGCCUGUCCCUACUCAGGGAUGGGCAUUCACCAUCAGCUCCUGGUGGGCAGGGAGACGCUAGGAGUCUCUGCCAAGGGCAAAGUGGAUACAGGCAACAAAGCUAAUUACAGGAGAACAUUAACAGCUGACCUCAAUGACAUUCAUCGCACUGUCCACGAGAUUGAAAUCGCCUGCCAGAAUAUGGUGCCUUCAUCACCUGAGGACAGAUUUGUGUCUGUGAUGGAUGCCUUCCUGGAGAGUGCAGAUCCCACCAUCCAGUCCCUGGACGAUCUCCAGCACAAAGCCAUGGAAGAAUUCAGGAAAGUCUUGUCCUUUGGAGAAGACUCCAAAGUCACAACCUCUGAGGAUUUUUUUGGCAUUUUUGCUGAGUUCAUGAGCAAUUUGAGGGAGCCGUCACCAAGCCUGCAGGUGGCAUUUGGGAACAGUCGACCUGUCCUGGGGCUGCCUAGUGCUCCAAAGGAAAAACGGCACGACAAGAUCCCUUUGCUCCGAAAGGAACGGAUUUACUCCCUUCUCCUGCCUCCUGGUCUUCAGGCGUCCACACCGGUGGUUGCAAAGGCAGCCAGUGAAUCUUUCGUUCCAGUCAGUUUUCUCGGGAAAACAGAUCCCUAA